GCGGAUACGUUGGUUACGACACUUUUGAACAAAUUGCCGGAUGUGCAUGCAUGUGUUCAAACUUACACCGAUUUGUUGGCUGCCCUAAUUGCUUUUGCGCAUCAUCAACUCUAUGCCUGUAUCGACGUUAUGCUUGCCCGGCCUCUACCUUAUUCUGUCUCGAUGAUUGAUGCGUGGCAUACAAUGUCCCAUGAUCACACACUUUUCCCGCUGAUUGCCGAUUAUUUGCUGGAACUGAUCACAGCCGGAUGCGGCUCAUCUGAAAGCAAUGAAGUUCCAUUCGAAAUUUUGGAUACUGGUGCCGGAUCAUCGGUCAAAAUCGUGAAACCGGAAGUUUGUGCGCUAGCAGCAGCAGUCACUGAAAUUAUCAGAGCUGGCGAACCAGAGCCCGAACUUUUCAAACGAAUACCAAAUAUUUUGGCUGCACUUCUACAGUUUUUGGCUGCCGUUAUCGAUACCCAGUAUCCAGUGCUGGUAAAAGAAAAAAACGGUGCAAAAGUACUGAUUAUUACACCGGAAUUGCGCCGAAUUUCAUCAACACCAGCAGCUUUAGCUUCGCAAGCUUUGCGAAGUUUGUUUCUUCGAACUCUCGAUGAUGCCAUUGUUGAAAAAAUGAACUCAGAACGUGCCUGGAGUGAUUGUAUCGAUACAUUGCACUUUACUAAUGGAAUCGCAGUUUUGACGCGGUCAUUGAGCGAGCAUCGCCCGGAAUGGAUACGCCCUCUUGUGAGAUUAAUGAUACCACGAAUGCAAUCCUCUAGCGAUGCAUAUCGUGUAGCCGCUGCCGCAGUCCUGUCUGCAUUAAUGAAAAGGCAAUUUUAUCGAAACAACUUCGCUUAUUGA